UUUGUUUUGUUCUGAAUAUAUAAAGCAUUUCAUCUCUCUGAUUACAGUUGGUCCUAACACCAAAUACUCACGGGCUCCAUUAAACAGAGAGCUUGAAUCCUCCAGCUACAUAACACAGACCAGCUAGCAACAAACACUCAUGGAUCCAAUUAUUUCAUUUCUUCUGCUUCUUGCAUCUCUUGCCAUCCGCCCUCCUGCUCUGGCUGCUCGAUCCAUACAACCAACCGCUCGGAUCACUGUUGUGGGAGCUGUUUACUGUGAUACCUGUUUAAGCAACAGUUUCUCUAGGAGCAGCUACUUUCUCCCAGGUGCGGACGUCCUCAUAAAAUGCAAAUUCGGAGCAAAAUCCCCCAAGUCAGCAUCACAGAUGAACUUCCAUGUCAACAAAACUACAGACAAGUACGGAAUGUACAAACUUGAAAUCCCUUCUGUCGAUGGAGUCAACUGCAUCAGUGGCUUUGCCCUGAAGUCAAUGUGCCAGGCAACCUUAAUAGGCAGCUCCUCCUCCGCCUGCAAUGUCCCCGCCUUAAGAACCACCGCAGACGAAAUCUCAGUCAAAUCGAAACAAGACAACCUCUGCAUCUACAACAUGAACGCCUUGAGUUUCCGACCACCUAAGAAAAAUCUCACAUUGUGUGGAAACAGGAAGGUGGAGGGUGAAUUGGUAACUUCCUUCAAUUCCUCCAAAUUCUUCCUCCCUUACUUCCCACCGUAUGGGUUCUUCCCUUGGCCUCAGCUGCCGCCAUUUUCUUCCCUGCCCUUUCCUCCUCUGCCUCCUUCGCCAUUUUUUGCCCCCAUUCCCAUUCCCAUUCCCAUUCCGGGGCCCACCGUCUUUGCCUUUCCCAUUCCCACAAUUCCCUCCGGCACCGAACCCUUUUUCCCCAAAUGCUCCGCCAGCGUUUAACUUGGGGGAUCCCAGGACUUGGAUUCCUUAUAUCCCCUCAGUUCAUCCUCCUCCUCCUCCUCCUCCUCCGCCGCCUGCGUUCAGCCUCGGAGACCCCAUAACUUGGAUACCAUAUGUUCCUCCUCUGUCCCCUCAUAGGACCCAACAAAACCAGAAUCCUUAGUUUUUCAGAUAUCUAAAUAAUUAUGAUCCAUAGAUAUGAUUGUUUAUCACGGUCAAAAAAGCUUAUUUGCCAUGGUAGCAAAAAGAGAUUCUGUUCAUGUAUGAGAUGAAAAACAUUUGGGUAUAACAAUUAAGAAAUAUUUUACAUCAA